CGGAGCGCGCGGACGCGGCCAUGACGGCGCAGCAGGUGCGGGACGCGACGCUCAUGCUGCGCCGGCCCACCGUGGUGGACGCGCUGCAGAGCGCCGUGCCGGUGCCCGAGGGCGCCGUGCCCCGCAACGGGCUGCCCUACUGGAGGAGGGUGCCGCUCGGCUCGCGCCUGCCCAUCAUCGACCACCCCAAGGACGCCUUCGUCUUCUACCGCGACAAGCUCAGCCAGGGGCUAUGGCAGUCCACGCCCGUGGGCGACUUCCGCCUGGACGACCCCUACAUGCACGAGGUGGACUACACGUACGAGCCGGUGCACGACCCGGCGCUGCGCAGGAUGUUCCAGGCCGAGGAGCACCGCCGCAUCCUGCUCGAGCGCGGCUUCAUCCUGCCCACCGGCGAGGCCGUCUGCUCGCUGCGCCAGUUCAACACCUACCGCCGCCACCUGCAGACCGUCUACCGCGAGCUCAUCCGCGACGAGUACCGCCGCCGGGCCGUGAACCUGUCGGACGAGCAGACGAUCCGGCGGGCGCGGCAGUGCGAGGAGCGGCAGCUGGAGCAGGACGAGAAGCGGAUGGCGCGGGAGGAGAAGCAAGGCGAGCAGCGCGCCAACCUGGAGGAGAUACGCCGCCAGAAGAACCAGCAGCUGAUGGCGCGCCAGAUGCGCUACAUGGAGCUGCUGGAGCGCGUGGAGGCCAAGAAGGAGGAGCAGCGGCAGCUGGCCGUGGAGCGGGCGCGCGAGAUGGACGAGAAGGUCAAGCACCGGCAGGCCGUGGCCCAGGAGAUCCAGCGCGCCAAGGUCCUCGCCACGAUCCAGGCCUGGAACCGCGAGGAGAAGGAGCGCAAGGAGCGGCUGGAGAAGCAGCAGCUGCAGCUCCAGGAGUACAAGGAGAAGGAGGUGGCGCGCCAGUGGCAGACCAAGGUGCAGGUGCAGACUGAGCGCGAGGAGCGGGAGGCGCGGCUGCUGGCGCGGCAGGAGGAGGCCCUCAAGCUGUCCGUCGAGCUUCGCAACAAGAAGGUGGAGCGGGAGGACCUGCGCAUGCAAGCGCUCCUCAAGAAGAUCAAGGCGGACAGGGAGAAGCAGAGGGCCAAGCACUUCCGGUUUCGCCCCGCGAAGCGGAAGCGACCGGGGCGGCCGUCCAAGUCGUCCGCCAGAGACGGGGAGGGAGGCGACAACCCCAAGCGCCGGCGCCGCAUCGCCAGCACGGGCUUCAUCGCAGACGAUGAGAACAUGACGCCCCUGGACCGGAUGUUCAACAUGUCCCUGCGGAUGGUGAAGGAGGGCAGGGAGCACGGGCAGUCGUGCAUGACGGGCGACGACUUGUGGAGGGAGUUCCGGUCCACCGGCUUCGACCCCGACGAGCAGAGGGACGGCAUUCCGGAGGCCGUGGCGACGGCCCUGGACGGGCUGCUCGACUCGGUCAUGGAGGGCAUCGUCCACCGCAUGGUCAUGCAGACCCUCAAGUGCGUGUACCACAAGGCCCUCGAGCGGUGCUUCUCGCUGCUGGAGGACCUGCCCGCCAGGGAGAUGGCACGGCGCGGCUGGGUCUGCCAGCACGGCAUGAUGAAGCACAGCGAGCUUCGUGAGCGGGCGCGUGCGCGCGAGGAGAGGGAGUGCCGCUCGGGCGCAGAGGAGGCCGUCGUCGAGGAGUCUGCGCCCGGCAGCGACCCCAGCCCCAGCCCGCGGGCGCCCAGGAGCCCGCGCAAGCAGCGCUCGCGACGCUCGCCGGAGAGGAGGUCCUCCGAGGAGGAGCGCCAACGCAUCCUAAGGCAGAUCGAGGCCAUGGAGAGGAAGAACCAGCAGCUCAAGAAGGAGCUGGAGCAGGCCGUCAGCUCCACGAUGACGGUGGGCUCGGUGGACGAGGAGCGAGAGGCCGCUCUCGAUCUGGACGCCAACUUCGAGGUGAUGGCCAAGAACCUGCAGAAGAAGAUGGUAGCCAUCGCCGCGCAGAGCGUCAGCGAAGAGACCAAGCUCACCACGCAGCAUCGCUGGAAGAUCAUGAAAGGCAAGCGCGCGACCAGUGGGGGUGCUGAGCGAGCGCUGGCUCACGGUGGGCGGCUCUUGAGUGCUUCUUGUUCGGUGCAGAGGUGGAGCUGUUCGAGCUGGUGGACCGCCUCUGCACCAUGA